AUGAAAACAUAUCGGAUAUUAUUUACUGUUAUUCUUCUCAUUGGUUUAUGUAGACCUAGUGAAGGACUUUUUAAUAGUGUAUCACUUCAAGAUUAUAUUGAUAGUUUUGUUGAUGCUGCUAAAUUUAAAAUCGAAGAAAAAUUAAGUCUUAAUGAUUCAACUAUCAGUCACAUAUGGUCUUAUUUUAAAACAAAAUAUAAUCGUGUUUAUUCAUCAAUCGACGAAGAGAAAGAACGUUUUCGUGUUUUUCGUGAUCAUCUUCGUUAUGUACUCGAAUCAAAACUUGAAAAAUUACGUACAUAUGAAUUAGAAUUAAAUGAAUUUGCUGAUUGGACAUUAGAAGAAUUUGAUUUAUUUAAAAAAGGUUUAAUUAUUUCAACAAGUUUACGACGUAAUAUUAUCGAUAAUCAACAUCAUUAUCAUUUGAGAAGAAUAAAACGAAAUUUAAAUAAAAGACGAUAUAAAAAUAAGCGUUUCUUUCGUGACUGGUUUUCAAAUUUAAUUCAUGGGAAUGAUAAAAAUAAUAAUCAAUCAACAGAUUUAUUUGACUGGCGUACGAAAAGUAUUGUGAGUAGUGUUAAAAAUCAACUUAAAUGUGGAUGUUGUUAUGCAUUUGCAACAGCAACAAUUUUGGAAACACUUUAUGUAUUAAAAACAAAAUCUCAAAAUAUUAUUGAUUUUAGUGCACAACAAAUAGCUGAUUGUUCAAGUAAUGGAAAUAAUGGAUGUAGUGGUGGUAAUUUUCCACCAAGUGUUCGUUAUUUAUUAGGACAAGGUGGUAAAAUAGCUACCGAAGCAUCCUAUCCCUAUGCUGGAAAAAAACAAACAUGUCAAACAAAUAAUCUUAAUCAAAUUGAUCUUGGUAAUAUUGAAUAUGGUGCAAUUCCUGAAGGUGAUGAAAAAAAUUUAGCUGAAGCACUUAUGAAUUAUGGUCCAAUAUUUAUUGGACUUGAUGCUGAUUCAAAACGUUUUAUGUUCUAUAAAUCCGGUGUACUUCAAAUUAAAAAUUGUCCAACACGUCGACAAGAUAUGGAUCAUGCUAUGGUCGUUGUGGGUUAUGGUUACGAUAAUAUACUUAAAAUUCCUUAUUGGAUUAUAAAAAAUUCUUGGGGAACGAAAUGGGGUGAACAUGGUUAUUUACGUUUAGCUAAAGAUUCUGGAAAUAUGUGUGGAAUUGCUUCGAUGGCAUAUUAUGGUAAAUUAACAUAA